UUUGGCUAAGAAUGCAGUUGUUUGUUUUGAAGUACACUACAUACUGAGCUCUGGCUCUGGGGUGGGGUGGGGCAUGAAAUGCCUGAAUUGCAGCCGAGCUUUUUCAUUAGUGGGGCAGUAUGCAGAGUUGAAUCAUUGCAGGAUUUAUUAUUACUUUUUUUUUUGGCUGGGCAUAAAGGAGUGAAUGCUUUACUAGUCUGUCUUGAAAAUUUCUCCAUUGUCGGUUUUGAGAUAAAUCUUGAAGAGUGAUGUGCUGAGACAUGGCACUUAAAGUUUCUGCUGGUAAGGCUGCCGAGAUUGCAAUUGGGUCCAUUGGUCGUGGCUAUGAUAUAUCUACUGAUAUAAGGCUCAAGUAUUGUAAAGGGGAUUCCAUAAAUUCACGUUUAAUUGAGAUAGAUGAAACUGAUGUAAGAGAGGUGGUACUACCUGGUGGAGUUUCAAUACCAAAUGUUUCCAAAUCAAUAAAAUGUGAUAAAGGGGAACGCAUACGGUUCAGGUCCGAUGUUCUGUCUUUUCAACAGAUGUCAGAGCAAUUCAAUCAGGAGUUAUCUUUGACUGGCAAGAUUCCCUCAGGUCUUUUCAAUACAAUGUUUGAAUUUUCUGGGAGUUGGCAAAGAGAUGCAGCCCAUACAAAGUCCCUUGCUUUUGAUGGGGUCUUAAUUACACUUUACACUGUUGCAUUAGAGAAGUCUCAGAUGGUCCUCUGUGACCACGUUAAAAAAGCUGUACCAUCAUCAUGGGACCCUCCUGCAUUAGCAAGGUUUAUUGAUACCUUUGGUACCCAUAUAAUUGUUGGUAUGAAAAUGGGUGGAAAAGAUGUAAUAUAUUUGAAGCAGCAGCACUCAUCAACUCUCCAACCUGCUGAUGUUCAGAAAAAAUUGAAAGAGAUGGCCGAUAGGAGGUUUCUAGAUGCCAAUGGCCACUAUAGCAUUGCUUCUGAUCAAGUUUUCCCAAAUGACAAGUUUGGAAUCAGGGAGCAGAGGCUAACAUUUGCUAAUAUUAGUCCAUCAAGUUCUUAUUCACAUAAGGAGCAGGAUAUUGUAAGCAUUUGCAAGAGGAGGGGUGGGAGGGAUGACAGAAAUCUAUCCCAUAAUGAGUGGUUGCAAACUGUUCAGUCAGAGCCUGAUGUGAUCUCAAUGUCGUUCAUUCCAAUUACGUCUGUAUUGAAUGGAGUGCCAGGGAGUGGAUUCUUGAGCCAUGCCAUAAACCUUUAUUUGCGAUAUAAACCACCGAUUGUAGAGCUCCACCAAUUCUUGGAAUUCCAGCUGCCAAGGCAGUGGGCACCUGUAUUCAGUGACCUUCCUCUUGGUCCCCAACGAAAGCAACGGAGUUCUGCAUCUUUACAGUUUAGCUUCAUGGGCCCAAAGCUUUAUGUUAACUCCACACAGGUUGAUGUAGGUAAGAGGCCAGUGACUGGUCUCCGUCUUUAUCUUGAAGGUAAGAAAAGCAAUCGGUUGGCCAUCCAUUUGCAACACCUUUCAUCACUUCCAAAAAUCUUCCAGCUUGAAGAUGAUCCAAAUGAAAACUUUUGGCGGAAGUCUUAUGAUAGGAGAUUCUAUGAGAAGGUUCAAUGGAAGAAUUUCUCUCAUGUGUGCACUGCUCCGGUGGAAUCUGAGGAGGAUCUUUCAAUAGUGACUGGAGCACAAUUGCAAGUUGAGAAUUAUGGCAUAAAAAAUAUACUCUUCUUAAGACUUCGAUUCUCAACUGUGUUGGGAGCUAAAGCAGUGAAGCAUCCUGAGUGGGAGGGGUCGCUCAAGUUGGGAGCGAAGUCAGGACUCAUAUCCACUUUAAUCAGCCAACACUUCACGUCAACAUUUCAGAAGCCACCUCCGCGACCAGCAGAUGUUAAUAUAAAUUCUGCUGUCUAUCCGGGCGGCCCUCCUGUUCCUGUGCAAGCUCCUAAGCUUCUCAAAUUUGUUGACACAACUGAGAUGACCAGAGGACCACAAGAGUCUCCUGGCUAUUGGGUUAUCUCUGGAGCAAAGCUUGUUGUUGAUAAGGGCAAGAUUUCUCUCCGGGUUAAGUAUUCUUUGUUGACCAUGGUAUUACCAGAUGAAGAAGAGAUGUUGGAUGAUCAGUAGCUGAUUCCUUGCCUCCAGCAAACAAGUGCUCAUUUUUAAAGUGUGGUAGGUCGGGAAAUAAGAAAGAAGGUAGAGGGUACUACUAGUUAUCACUUGGCUUUGGUUUUGCUAAUCAGGUUGGCCUUCUUGUGAAGAGAGAGAGAGAGAGAGAGAGAGAGGCAAGUGUAAGUUACUCAAGGAGUGCAGUGGCUUUCCCCUUGUAAUGUAAACUUUUACAGUCCAAUACCAUGACUUGUUGAAAAUUACUAUUAGAAAUCAACUCCACUUUGGCCAAUUAAUUACUUAUCGUGUUUGGGUAGGAUCACCUUGACAAAUUAUGGUGUAAACAGUAAUAUAUAUCAAUUUAAUACGUUGAGAAAUUAUGUUUUCUUUCUUAA